AUGCAGAUGCCGAUGAGCUACAAACUUCCCCAAUUAGACGGAGUCUUUGAUGAGUGUCAUCCUGAAGUAUCUAGAUCUGAUAAGCAUCCAAUCUGGCAAGAUGCCUUUGUUGAAGUUAAGGCAAAGAAGGUACACGUUGGCUCCAGAAUAAAUUCCGGCCCUCAUCGUGGACAGAUUGAUCGGGGAGCCAUUGAGGCUUCCUCCAGCAAGUGCAACUCAACUUCGGCUGGGAAAAAGAAGCGUACACAACCUCCUGUGCCAUCCCGUGAGCCUCCACCACCACCCCCACCAUCAUCUGGGAAUGCUCGCAAGCGCAAGUGGAUUGAGGACCGUGAUAAACAAGCAGAGCUGGCACAUUUAAUGCUACGUGCUAUGCAUGCCAAGGAGGAGCGUCUUUAUCACAAAGAACUUGAGACUUACGUGAGUUCUUCACUUUAA